CCCGCAACAAGAUAAUUUAAAAAACCCUAAAAUUGUAUGUUGUAGCAUUGGACAGGAAUCGCAAUGAAGGUCUUUAUGUUUUUAGCGCUUACUUUCACAGCUGUGUAUGCAGCCUCGCUUUACAAAUAUGGAAUAAGUUGGAAAAAGUUGACGGCAGAUUUUAAUCAGGUUGAAAAAUAUAAAGAUCUCUGUGGUCCUCAUAAAUUAGAAAAGUACAAAGGUCAGUUGGGAAACCAAAUAGGUAAAAUUCGAAGAAUGUGUAAAAAUAUGUUUAUAAAACGAACAAGACCUACUAUGACUGUGGCACAAGGCUCUCACAGGUCUCUCGCAUCUCUUGCAAUUAAUCCAACUCGUUCUAUAUCGAUUUCAAUUUCUGCACAAGGCACUGGUAUUUCUAUCUUGUCUCCAUCGCCUCAAAUAAAUGACACUAGGCCAGCUGUUAUUCUUACGACGACACCUAUAUUAGCCCAUUUUCCUGAAAGUUCCGUCAUGCACUCCCAACUAGCUAUAUCAGGAAGUAAAACAGCAAUUGUGUCUUCGGCAUCAAGCGUCGUCCUUAGAUCUACGACUACAAAGAUUGGCAUAGUAGUGUCAUGUUCUUCUAUUUCACCAACUGCAGUCAAAUCUACUUUGGAAAGAGUUACUGGCAAGCUCCCUGUAACAACGUUAACUGACGAUUCUACCCCGACUGCUCUGGCUGAGAAAUCUACUGCAGCACCGCCUAGUGAAAAAUCUACUACAGCACCGCUUGGUAAAAAAUCUACAACAUCACUGGUUAGCAAAUCCACCACAGCAACACUUGAUGGACGAUCCACCACGACACCACCAGCUAAAUUAUCCCCCUCGGAACGGCUGGGUGACAAAUUCCCUGCGGCAUUACUGGAUGGCAAAUUUACUACGACUGCAGCACUAUUGAAAUACGAAUCCACUAAGACCCCUUUGGGUGGUGAAUCCACUCCAGCACUACUGCGUGGCAAAUUCACUAUAGGACCACUGGGCGAAGCAUUAACCACGACACCACUUGGUAAAAUAUCCACCACACUACCACGACGGGAGGAAAAAUCCCCUACAGCAUUACUGGUUGGCAAAUUCACUACGACAUCUCCGGGUGGUAAAUCCACUGCAAAAUCUAUGGGUGGUAAAUCCACUACGAAAUCUAUGGGUGGUAAAUCCAUAACGAAAUCUAUGGGUGGUAAAUCCAUAACGAUAUCUGUGUGUGGCAAAUCCACUGCAGCACUUCUAGGUGAGAGAUUCGAUACGAAAGCUGUCGACUACAAAUCUUUGAUAACGAAUAUUAAGCCAACUGCGACAAAUGGUGUUUCUAAUGCAUCAAUUUUGCAUCAGGGCUCUGGCGUGACAAGUCAGACUGUCUUAUCUACUAUAUCAACUUCGGUUGGGAACGAAAGCACUGGCGCUUAACGACAAUUUCACCAAAAUGUUUUGCUAGCAAAGAGUAUACUUUAUAAGACGUCUUACUAGCACAAGCUUGUGUCAAAACUCUUUUUCUUUAAAAAUGUUAUAGUUAACUUCACGUUGUACAUUGUGCAAACAAAAAUACAAAAUAGUAAGUUUGCA